AUGCCAACAGCAACUAUGUUCAGGAUCGAAGGAACUGGCCUAGCUGCGCUUGCGCAUGGGAACAUUGCAAUUGUUAUCAUUUUCGUUGUGUGUGUAUUUGUCUGUGCAUCUGCGUGAGGGCAUAUUGGUGGUUUGCCGGGUGGCGGAAGCUUCCUGCUUAUUGAACGGAUACUUCCAAUACACACAUUUUUUACUGCUGCCACAAAGAGUUGUCGUCCGGUUGCAUCCGAUACCAACAACGGAAUACUGCUGCAACAUCACUGCCUUAUAUUCACAGAAUUGCAACGUGAUGAUCGCAUAAUUGCAUUUUGUAAAGCACGAAACAGUGCUUCCGGAAUGGGACCAUAA